CAGCCACCGCAAAUAUUUUAAGGACCCCUCUGGCAAAGAACGUAUACGAACAAAACUAUUUAAAUUAUUGUGAAUCAACACUCCAACAUCAAACAGAUGUUUUUGCUUUGUUUCUAUGUAUGCUAAGCUGUAUUUUAUUGUUAUAUGAUUUGUUUUGGUUUUGUGCGUUAACUUUGUGUAUUCUGAGCAAAAUAUCUGGAAAAUAUUGAAAUACAAUGCGUUUUAAUCAGAUAUUACGUGUAAACCUCUCUAGAAACAAUCUUAUUGCAAAACAACAGUAUGUCCCUAAGCAUAAUCCUGUGCUGGAGGAGGAUAUCAAACGGUUGCAGGAGUUUCUAAUGUCUAAACCCAAUAUAGUUGUGUUAACUGGUGCUGGCAUUUCUACAGAAUCUGGAAUACCCGACUACCGCUCCGAAGGUGUUGGCCUAUAUGCACGUACAAAUCACAAGCCCAUCCAGCAUAUGGAAUUCCUGCGCUCAGCCGAUGUACGUCAGCGUUAUUGGGCUCGUAAUUUCGUUGGUUGGCCAUCGUUCUCCGCAACGGUACCUAAUCAUACACAUUAUGCAGUUGCACGUUUCGAACGUGAAGCACGCAUACAGGCAGUUGUGACACAGAAUGUUGACCGGUUGCAUACUAAAGCCGGUAGCAAGAAUGUUGUUGAACUUCAUGGUAGCGGCUAUGUUGUGAAGUGUUUGACAUGCGAUUAUCGUAUUGAUCGGCAUGAAUUUCAGGAUAUACUAAACAGUUUGAAUCCCGAAUUUCGUGAUGCGCCCGAUAUGGUACGUCCCGAUGGUGAUGUGGAGAUACCAGUUGAAUAUAUAAAAAAUUUUCGCAUACCUCCUUGUCCGGAAUGUGGCGGUAAUGUAAAGCCAGAGAUUGUCUUCUUUGGCGAUAAUGUGCCUAGGCAACGCGUUGAUCACGUCACAGAAAUGAUUUAUAAUAGUGAUGGAUUACUGGUGCUCGGCUCUAGUUUGCUGGUAUUUUCUGGCUACCGCAUGGUAUUGCAAACAAAGGACCUCAACUUGCCGCUUGCAAUUGUGAAUAUUGGGGAGACAAGGGCAGAUCGUUUGGCAGAUUUAAAAUUGUCUGCUAAGUGUGGCGAUGUGCUACCAAAGUUAUUUAAUUUUAAAAAUUAAAUAUAAUUAAUGUUAACGGCUAAGGGUUGUUUAUGUAUUUCAUUAAGUAAAUUGUAUGCGUAGUAUAUGUGCAAGUUGCAUAUGGGUAUGUGUAUUUAUUAUU